UGUUCCAUGUCUCAAAAUCAACCAAAAGACUGCUUAAUUAUAUAUAUUGAAGAGUAACCAAACCCACCCAACAAAUGGAUUCCACCUCCAAACGCGCAUUAUCUCUUCUAUCCCAUGCACUUGUUCUCUUUAUCUGUUUUUCAUCAUUUCUGCAACUUGCAAGACCCAUUUCUGAUCACACCAACUUAUUAUACAAAAACUGUGCAAAUCAAACAUUUUCUAGCCCAAAUAAAUCCCACUUACAAACACUUUCAAUCCUUUUCCAUGAACUAGUUUCACACUCUCUCCACUCCAAGUUCUUCAAAACCAUCGAAGGAGACGAUGAUAUGUCCAUCUUUGGUCUCUUCCAAUGUAGAGGGGAUAUCAGCAAUGAAGACUGUGGAAACUGUGUUAACACACUGCCCGAUGUGUCAAGCAGCUUAUGUAAAGAAUCAAUGGCGGCUCGUGUUCAGCUUUAUGGAUGCUAUAUGAGGUAUGAACCUGAAGGGGUUUCGAAUAUGCUGCUUAAGCAUGAGUUGGUGCACAAAAUUUGUGGAGAGUCAAAGCAGGUGAUUCCAGGUUUUGAGGAGAUGAGAAAUGGAGCUUUCGCUGCUUUAGAAAAUGCCAUUGAAACUAGCGGUGAACAAGGUUUUUACAAAACGAAGUUCAAAUCAAUGGAAGUGGCAGCACAGUGUGAAGCAGAUUUGGAAGUUUGUGCAUGUGGGGAAUGUGUGAGCAGCGCAGUACAGAUUGCGGAUGUAGAAUGUGGUGGUGCUGCUUCAGGACAAAUUUACUUGAACCAGUGCUUUAUAACCUAUUCUUAUAAUUUCCUUCCAAAUGGGCAAGCGACAUCAGGGAACAGCAAAAGUAACAAUGGCAAUCUGAAAAAAGUAGCAAUUGUUCUUGGAGGUUUAGCAGCUCUGGGCUUUGGGCUUAUAAUUUUGUUGUUCAUCAAGGCCAGGAUGAAGAAAGAAGAAGACUAUUAAAUUAAUAGCAGAGUAGAAACCUUUUUUUUAAUUUUUAUGCUGCUCUUUUUUUGACAUUCUUGUUUGCUGAGAUAUUAUUUUGUUCCUUCAAAGGGGAUACACAAUAUGACUUAAUUUACAGGCACUCCGUACUAUUUGGUGGGAAAUUGUUGCCAGGGUGGUAGACUUAUGUUGAAGAGAACAGAGACAUUUAGAGUGUGUGGUUGGGCAUCUACUGGAUGGAGUCCUUUAAGUAAACUUUAUUAUAUCUCUUUGUUGCCAAUUCAAACCAAAAGUUACGUUAUUUUCUUCAUUUAUUUUUUUCUUUUCAAACUCACAUUGUAAAUAUUUUCUCACAAUGUUACGAUUCACCGUUUGUUUGCUUUCCUA